UUCUGAGAAAGCGACCCGAAUUUAAGGCACAAGAAACUAAAAGAAAUAGCCGGAGACAAAGCUUUGAAUUAAUUAUUGUCUUUUCUUUUUCCUUUCAAAAUUCACACUGCUCAAGUUCACCACUCACUCCUCUAAUCCAACUGUUGCUGUAAUUUAUUCAUUAAUUAAAUUUCUAUAAAAACAAUACGCGUUCAAAGUGAUCUUCUGCGAAAAAGAAGACAGCAAGCAAGAAAACUCCAUUUGAUUUUUUUCCUUUUUCAUUUUUUGCUUUAAAAACACUUCCACUUUCACUUGCUUUUUUUCUUUCUCUGUUCUUCCGCUCACUCACUCCCCCCGUUUCUCCUUUUUCUCUUCAGUUCAGUGACCAAAAUGCCAGAGAUUCAGUUGGGUGCUCACACUGUAAGAUCCCAUGGAGUCAAAGUUGCCAGGACACAUAUGCAUGACUGGUGGAUUCUUGCACUGCUUGUGGUGAUAGAAGUCAUUUUAAAUGUUAUAGAACCAUUUCACCGAUUUGUUGGGAAGGAUAUGUUGACAGACCUGUCAUACCCGCUGAAAGAUAAUACUGUCCCCUUUUGGGCUGUUCCUAUUGUUGCAAUAUUGCUGCCUUUUACCAUCAUUAUUAUCUACUACUUCAUCAGGAGGGAUGUCUAUGAUCUGCACCAUGCUAUUUUGGGCCUUUUAUUUUCUGUGCUUAUCACCGGAGUUUUAACUGAUGCAAUUAAAGAUGCAGUGGGUCGUCCUAGACCUGACUUCUUUUGGCGUUGUUUUCCAGAUGGCAAGCGAGUGUUUGAUCCUAUCACAACUGAUGUUAUGUGUACUGGAUUGAAGAGUGUCAUUAGGGAAGGACAUAAAAGUUUCCCUAGUGGACAUACUUCUUGGUCUUUUGCAGGUCUUGGUUUCCUGUCGUGGUACUUAUCUGGGAAAAUCAGAGCUUUUGAUCACAGGGGCCACAUUGGAAAGCUUUGUAUUGUUUUUCUACCAUUACUCGUUGCAGCUCUUAUAGGAGUUUCUCGAGUUGAUGACUACUGGCAUCACUGGCAAGAUGUAUUUGCUGGUGGUCUUUUAGGGCUGACAAUUGCUUCAUUUUGUUACUUGCAAUUCUUUCCACCUCCUUAUGAUAUAGAUGGCUGGGGACCUCAUGCAUAUUUUCAGAUGCUGGCGGCAUCUCGGAAUGAAGCUCAGUCUUCCAAUAACGCCAAUUGUCUUAAUAUCCAGCAAUCAGAGCUUCAGAGUGUAUAUAUUGACUCUCAACAUCAGAGUGUCAUUAGCCGUGAUACGAGCCCCAUUCUGGAGGGAACAGAGAGUGAGGGGAGGCACUGACUUCGGGCUUUUGAACAUAGAGAAAUAGGGAUACUACAUGUCCAUACUAUGUAAGCUUAGUAGAGUCUGUUCCUUUACAUCAGAAGAUAUCUAUACUAGAAAUGCUCACUUCUUAUAGCAGAAUGUGUUUCCUUUACAUCAGCAGAUAUCCAUACUAUAAAUGCUUGGUCGCCCCUGAACAUAAUCUUCUAGUGAGAUUCAUUUAUUCAAUUUAAGUGUGUUUAUAUUUUA